GAAGAAGAAGAAGAAGAAGAAGAAGAAGAAGAAGAUGGAUCGGCUGUUCUCGUGAAUGAAGAAGUUCAUCCCGCCCGCAAAGCAAAAACCGAUCCAAAGGAUUGGUGAAUCCCAGGCUGUGGAAUAGAGUUUACCAGUAGAUAUAUUGCCACAAAGAGCGAAAUCCUGGAAAGCUGGAUAGAAACACGAAAUCUGCGAAUGCGGGGGGCUCGAAAGGACGUGAAGCCAUGUUUUAAAGCACUAGCAGAGAUGCCUGGUUUUGUUCGGCCAAAACAGGUCAGCUUAGCUGCCUCAACGUAACUGUGCAUUUGAGGCUCCGUCCCAGAUGAGCAAUGGCUGGCCGUCGAAAGGAGGAUGGCCAAGCAAAGGCGGACAGAAUGCCGGUGCCCCCUUGGGCGCCUUUGGCAAGGGAGGACCCGGGUCCAAAGGUGACCCCUUCGGAUCCCAGGCCUCAGCCCCGAAUGCGUGGGGAUCCAGUUCGGCAUACGGCUCCGCAGCUGGAUCGACCCCAACUGGUGGAGGCGGAGGGAACCCUUUCGGUGGAGGCGGUGGCUUUGGAAGCCAGGCACCUCGGCCGUUUGGGAGCGCUCCAGGAGGAAACUCCAGCCCCUUCGACAGCGGCUUUGGAGGCAAGGGCAAAGGCUUCGGACCAGGAGGUGGCUCCAGUGGGCCCUCCUCAUGGGGAGCGCCGGCGCCUGGGCCACCGCCCGGUGGAGCCGGUGGAGCCGGUGGAGCCUGGGGUGGAUCGAGUGCACCCAGUGGAGCGAGCUGGGGAGGUCCAGCCGCUGGAGGCUUCGGGAAGGGAGGCGGAGUCGCCGGGAACCCCUUCGGCGGACAGGCGCCUCGACCGCCUGGAGGUCCUUUCGGCAGCGGCUUUGGAGGUUCCGGCAAGGGGUGGUGAAAGAAGCUCGGAAUCCUAGUGUUUUCGUGUUGGCUUGAAAACAAUCCCGCAAUAUUCGAUUUUAUAGGCCUUGUGUCGUUUAGAGCCAUUCAUUUCAAAUACAUUAUAUUUUUUUCUGUAGGAAUUGUCCUUCAAUAUGUUUGCCAAUGAUUUUAA